UUAGUUAGUUAGUUCUAUCAAAUAUAUUUAUCAAGAACUAAGAAUAUAUAUUGUUACAUUUAGUUGCAGACUACGUGCAAUACCAAGACUCCAAGAGCUAGUUUAGGUCAUGGGGGACUCGUCUUCUUCGGCUUCAUACAUUCACUUGGUGCAGCACCUGAUCGAAAAGUGUUUGAUCUUUCACAUGACUAAGGAAGAAUGCAUGGAAGCGCUCUCUAAACAUGCAAAUAUAAAUCCAAUUAUAACAUCCACUGUGUGGAAUGAGCUAGAGAAGGUGAACAAGGAAUUUUUUGAGCCAUAUAACAUGAAGCCAAAGAAUAGUAAAGAGAUGAUGAUGAUGAUGUCCCAGGAAGAGACAACUCAGAUGUUACAGAAGAUGAUCUCAGCUUCGGAUUCCUCUAAAGGUGUCCCAUAAUCAAUCAACUCUUGAAAAUUCAGAGAAAGGAUCGUCCCUACUUUAUUAUUAUCAAAACCUAGUGCUAGUAGUCUAUGCGCAAUUAUCGUAUGUGUUGUCAUGUUGCUUCUCUACAUUAUUAUGGUAUUGUAGUUAUCAUGAAUAUAACAGAAUGCCUUGCCAACCUUUGUAGUAUAAAUAUUAAAUAAUAUUCAUGUCAUGUCUAUGUC